AUGUUUUGUUGCAAAAAAUCCUCUAGUUUCUGUCAUGACUAUUUGGGUUGCAAAGAUGUAUGUUGUGAAAAUAAAACAAGAAUCAAUCGUUGCGAAAGCAUGUUGGAAUCGUAUGAGAAACUGACCAAGCCUGAGUAUAUGGCCAACCAAGAUAAUCCUUUGAGCCAUGCGUUCAGCUUGACAUGUGAAAUACGGAAACGCAGGGAGGAAAAUGCAGAAGUGCAGAAUGAAUUGAAAGUUCUUUCUGAGAAGACAAAAAAAUUUACUGUCGACUUUUUAAACGUGUGUAAGAAUAGUGAAGAAGUUUCCAUUGUUUUAAAUUUUGAUGAAGACGAUCUGACGAACAGGAAGGAGGUUGAAGCAUUGAAGAACGCAGUAAACGCUAAGCAUAAAGAG